AUGAGGAAUCACAAGAAGAAGAAGACUAUGAAGAUUUCGGAUCUUCCUGACGAUUUGGAAUCGGAAAUACUCGCUAGGGUUCCGGCCAAGUCUCUAUGGAAAUCGCAAACUACUUGCAAACGAUGGUACGCUUUGUUCAGAGAUGAAAGUUUCGUCAGAAAGAACCAGAAGUUGGGUAAAUCAGUAAGGGAGUCAAUUUUACUAUGUAAUUAUGGGGUUUAUUCGAUCGGCGAGGAUCUCCACGGACUUUACAAUACCGGCGUUGGUAGAUCUAUUGAGUUUUCCGGUAAACUUAGCAGUCUAAAGAAGGAUCCAAAAGAGGAUUUGAAAAUAUCUCAAAUCUUUGAUUGCGACGGUUUGAUAUUAUGGUCCACUGAAGGAAACACUAGACUUGUGAUUUGGAACCCUUGUACAGGUCAAACGAGUCAGAUCAAACCCAGAACUCGUUACCGGAGUGAAGAUAUCUAUGCUCUAGGAUACGCAAACAACAGCAAAUCUUGCCAUAGCUACAAAAUAUUGAGGUGUUAUUAUUAUCUCAACGAGCAAAGUGUCAAGGUUGCAGAGUUUGAGAUGUAUGACCUCAGCUCUGGUUCAUGGAGGGUUCUUUAUAACUUCACUCAUGACUAUGCCAUAUUUUGCGAUGGAAUGUCUUUGAAAGGAAAUACGUACUGGGUUGCAGGAUGUAAAGAAACCGGUCUUUUCCUGAUGAAGUUUGAUUUCACAACAGAGAAGUUUGUGCGUCUCUCUCUUCCCUUUCAGAGUUUUAAUCCUGAAGACACCGUUUCUCUAUCUGUUGUUAAGGAUGAGAAACUCUCCGUGUUACAUCAGAAUAUUCUUGAGUUUUCGAAUGUGAUGAGGAUAUGGGUGACCAAUAAGGUUGAUGAGGCAGACAAAGACUUGUCUUGGAGGAGCGACUUUGAGUUGGUAGUGGAUUAUGAUAAGUUUGAGUUAGAAGGUGUGGUGAAUGUGUCAAGCUUCUUGUUGGACGAGGAGAAUAAAGUGGCAGUGUGUUGUGAUAUAGAUCUGGAUGAUGAAUAUAGGAACGGCAGUAGCAGAAUCUACAUUGUUGGAGAGGAUAUGUAUAAACAAGUUUACAGUGUAAAGUGCUCUCGUUCCAGUUGGCCACUUCUCCUAACGUAUGUUCCAAGUUUGAUACGCAUUCAGAAAAAUAAACCCACAAGGAAAAAGAAAAGGAGAUUAGUUUAA